GCCUUUGCCGUCUGAUCUCUUCCGUUCUAUUUAUUGUUUUCUGGUCGCCGACGGAGAAGAGCGAACGAAAUCAACGCCAUACAAGUCCAAUUCCAACGCCUUUGACCCGAAUCGCUCAUCGUCCUCGAUCUAUAUUAGUCCCCACUCCCCCUUCGCUUCUUGAUCGCUCGCGCUUUCUACCUCUGCCUUGGCUUGGAGUCGGGAGCAGAGCUCGAGAGGGGAACCUCAGGGCGACAGCGAUGGCGAAGCUCUACGUGCACACGGUGCCGCCGCCGGAUCUGAACAAGAACACGGAGUGGUUCAUGUACCCCGGCGUCUGGACCACCUACAUACUCAUUCUCUUCUUUUCCUGGCUCCUUGUGCUCUCCGUUUUCGGAUGCACCGCCGGCAUGGCCUGGACCGUCGUCAACCUCUUCCACUUCGCGGUUACCUAUUACUUCUUCCAUUGGAAAAAGGGUACUCCCUUUGCUGAAGACCAGGGUAUCUACAAUAACUUGACCUGGUGGGAACAGAUGGAUAACGGGAAACAACUAACACGUAACAGGAAGUUUUUGACUGUUGUUCCUGUUGUCCUGUACUUGAUAGCCUCGCACACAACCGACUACCAACACCCUAUGCUUUUCCUGAAUACAGUUUCAGUAGCUGUUUUGGUGAUUGCCAAGUUCCCAAACAUGCACAAGGUUCGCAUUUUCGGAAUCAACGGGUAAGCAGCACCUCACAUGAAAGAUUACUUGGUCGUGAUCUUUUUUCAUCAAUCGCUCGAUCGAUAGGUAGACCUUAUACACCUAGUAGAUAAAACCUAAUCCUGCAUCGAUGCAUGGUGCCAAAGUCAUGGUUUGUGAUUGUGUACAGAACUACUAAAGAAUGUAGAAGCGGUUGUUGUGUUGCUUUUUGCUAUCUGUAUUCUAUCUAUGAACUCUUAUCCAUCUAUUUUUAUGAGUAUAAGCAAAGUGGUGUAUUUUUUA